UACCUAAUGUAUUCAUAAAACAACAAAAGGCGAAAGACGAGAAAACUAUGGCUGCUGAAAUUGAAUAUGUGUUUUUGUGUGUUUUGCAGGUAUGAAUUUGCUUUGCCGAAGACUGAACCGUCGAGGACUUUGAACAACUCUACUCAAAUUCAUAUUUUUUUCUUCAAGUAAUGGACAUUUGAUUACUAUUUUUGCCUCCACCUUGUUCCUGAAGGAAAGGCUAGCUUUUAGCUAUCACAGCCCCACCCAUAAGAAGUCUUUCAUUUGAUAAAAAAAAAACCAUGAAGGUUAAUGAUAUAAAGUUUAUGAAACAAGAUAUAUAAGUGCUUGAAAGCACACUAUAUUAUACCCGAGACGCUGAGGAUCUAUAGUAUCAAUAGUAAGUUGACUUUUGAAGUUGAAUCGAAAUUCCUCAAAUGAAAAUAGUCGUAGAUAGUAGGCUAGCUAGCGGUAGCUGGCUAGCAGGCAACGUACGUUAGGUUGGUUCUUAGCAAACAAUUUGAAUAUAGUCAGUUUUCGUAUGAGCUCACACAGGAAAGUGUACGGAAGCGCAAGGCUCCGUUUCUUUGUGUGUGAGACGGAAUGGGCGACUUGAACAAAUAAAACUAGCCAGUGAAUCCGCAAAAAUAACCAUAAGCAAUCUAAUCAUAAAGAUUGCCUUAGGCACAGAAAGCAAAUUUAAGAUAAUGAAGUCGGACUUUUUGCCUGCCAAAUUUGCUUUAUAGGGGCUGCUCUGCGGAACGAACACCCACAGCAAUCUGUACAUAAAGAUUGCAUUAGUUUGAAGAUUGUGGACAUGUGCCGGUGAUAUAUGGUGAAAUGUUGGUAAUUAUAGCACAGAGACUUAACGAAACCCCGCAUCAUGUUCUCGGCAAUCUGUGGAUAAAGAUUGCAGGAUGACUCAAGCGAAAUGGUCUUUCGAAGCACAAACAGUCGGGAUUGGCAAAUAUGGUGGAAUAGUUGUUUGCUUGCCGGACAGCUCGGGGGGCUAGCCGCGCUCUCUGACCAACAUUUGGGACGUUUUAGUGACUGAAAUGCAGAACAAGUAUAGACUGAUGUUCAUCGCAUUGUCAGACUGCUAUACGCUGUUGUGGAGGUCUGAGACUAUAUAAAACUUCUACAACAACAGUUACACGGAUAUGGCAGGGGGACCAGUGGACCCCAGAGAGAUUUUGAAGGGUGUGGAGAACCUGCUAGGGAAGGAUGGAGAGCUCCGCAGCCUGGAGGGAGUCCCAAAGGUGUUUAGCCUUAUGAAAGCUUCUACCAAGAUGGUCAGUAGAUGUAUGUACCUCAACAUCCUGUUGCAGACAAAAUCUCACGAUGUUCUUAACCGCUUUAUCAGAGUUGGUGGCUACAGGCUGCUCAACUCCUGGCUCACCUACUCAAAAACCACCAGUAACACCCCCCUGCUGCAGCUCAUCCUGCUCACACUGCAGAAGCUGCCUCUCAAAGUGGACCACCUCAAACAGAACAACACGGCCAAGCUGGUGAAGCAGCUGAGCAAGAGUGCAGAGACUGAAGACUUGAGGAAGCUGGCAUCUGUGCUUGUAGAUGGCUGGAUGGCAACUAUCCGCUCCCAGAGCGUCUCAAGCAGUGGCAACUCUCCUGCUGAUAAGAAAAAAAAGAAAGAGGAGAGCCGAAUGCCGGUGAGGGAUGUGAAGGAAAAGAGUGGAGAUGAGGAGAAGAAGAAGGAGAAGCCCAAAGCUCAUGCACCCAGCCACACAAAGAUUCGCUCCAUAGGAUUGGAAAUGGACACUCCCAGCCUGGCCCCUGCUAAGAAGACACCUGCUGCCCCACAGCUGGGUGACAAGUACAACAUCAAGCCUCCAGUCCUCAAGAGGCCCAGCUCUGGUCCAUCAGAUGCUCCACCUCUAGAGAAAAAAUACAAACCUCUAAAUACCCCGUCUAACUCUGCCAAAGAGAUCAAAGUCAAGAUCAUUCCAGCACAACCAAUGGAGUGCACAGGAUUCUUAGAUGCUCUGAACUCUGCCCCAGUGCCCGGGAUCAAGAUCAAGAAGAAGAAGCUGAGUGCCAGUACUACAGCCAGUACCAAGGCUGUUUCCCCCACUUCUAACAAGGCCAAUCCCUUCGACAGUAAAACCUCUGUAUAUUCUUCAUCCUCUACGAAACCAUCGUCUCCCGAAACUGCUGCUCCCAACACACCUGAUGAAAACCAGGAGCCAGAGCAACCUGGGACCCCUGUUCCCUCUGAGGACCCUGAGGCCUCAGACAAUGGUGAGAAACCUAAUGCCCUGGCAGAACCACGUGGAGAAGAGGAAAGCUUGACCAAGAAAGGCAAGAAGAAGAAGACUGUUCACUGGGCUGAGGAGGAGCAGCUCAAACAAUACUUCUACUUUGACCUAGAUGAGACGGAGAGAGUGAAUGUCAACAAGAUCAAGGACUUUGGUGAGGCUGCCAAACGGGAACUGAUGAUGGACAGGCAGACGUUUGAAAUGGCCCGUCGACUGUCCCAUGACACCAUGGAAGAGAGGGUUCCCUGGACGCCCCCGAGGCCUCUGACCCUGGCUGGGAGCUUGGUCACCUCCGGGGCCAACAGCACAGAGAAACUCACCCAGAGAGACCGUGAGAUGGGCAUACUGCAGGAGAUCUUCCUCAGCAAAGAGAGUGUGCCUGACAGUCCACAUGAACCAGACCCAGAGCCUUAUGAGCCCAUGCCUCCCCGUCUCAUCCCCCUGGAUGAGGACUCCUCCAUGGUGGAAGAUGCUUAUGCUGAGCCCAUGGACACCACAUCACAGCAAGGCUCUGCCAUGGCCCAGGGCGAGAGCUCCAAGCUGCCACCUGUCCUAGCCAAUCUCAUGGUCAACCUGAGCAACACCUCCCGCAGUCCACAAGCUACAAACACUGUUAGCAGCACUGUGGCUCCAGCUGUCAAUGUCCAAGAGCUGCUGUCUUCCAUAAUGGGUGCUUCUGGUAACCAGUCUACUGAAGACUUGAUCAAGCAGCCUGACUUCUCUGACAAGAUUAAACAGCUGCUGGGCUCCCUGCAGCAGACACAGACACAGAACCACAACCAGAACCAGGGUGGACCUCCACCAGUCAACCAAGGUUUACUGGGCCAAGGUCCGGGCAUGAACAACAUGAACAUGCACAUGCAAAUGCCCAUGAACGGCAGCUACCCACCCAACAACCCGCCUGGUGGUCCCCGCUUCAGCCACCCCCCGCCCCCUCAUAACCACGGGCCACCUUUUAACGCUGGUGGAGGCCCACGCAUGAUGGGGCCGCCGCCGGGCCAGGGUCGAGGAGACGGUGGCAGUUACUGGGGAGAUGAAUCCACGAGAGGAGGGCCCCACAGAGGAGGUCACUUCCACCGAGGAGGCCGAGGCCGAGGAGGAGGAGAGCUGGGCUUCAGGGGUCGAGGACGAGGAGGGCCCAGAGGGGGACACAACAACAUGAAUGACAUGUCCAAGAGGCCUGUGUGUCGUCACUUCAUGAUGAAGGGAAGCUGCAGGUAUGAGGGCAACUGUGCUUUCUACCACCCCGGGGUAAAUGGACCGCCACUGCCCCCCAACCACCCUGCUAACAACCAGCACCCACAGCUUGGACACUAGGUGAAACUGCUUCCAAUCUGGGAACAACUCUGUGAACUGGGGGCCGCUGGAAGAGCCGUUCUGAGAUCAAACCACCACAGGCUGUCGGGCUAGCUGUCUAAGACACAAACAUAGAAAGAAGAGGAUGUUCUGUCCUAUAACUCUAAAACUCUUGUCUGUGAAGGCGUUUUGCAGGUGACUGACCUGAAGUAGUGAUCUGUGGCUCACCUGAGGGAGAGCAGAGUCAGAAGAGAGUGAUUGAUUUGCUCAAAGCUAUAAGAUGAUCACUGAUGGGACCGUGUUUUUAUUGUGAUCAUUUUUAACUGUGAGACUGAUAGAAUUCAACACACUUGACCACUGUCGGCGUUGCUGCAGCGAGCUGCCUAUCUGCUCUGUCACUUUCCAUACCAUUAACAUGUUGACCAAAUGGAAGUCUCCUACGCAGCAGAAAGCUUUCCACACAGCUGAAUUUUCUUCCUAUCGUGGUUAUUGUACUGUAUUAUACCUACAUGUGAUAUUUCUUUUAGUUUAAUAUUUAGUUCUGUUAUUUCAUUAGUCAGGUUUGAACAGGAGAGUCAGAAAUGUUUUCCCUACUGAUAUAAUUCUUAAAUGUGAGACAAAAAAUUAGGCAGCACUUUACAAAGACAAAAAAAUUUAGCCAUAGCUAUGAUUUAUAGAAACUAGACCUGAAAAUAAUUGAGUAGUAUUGACACUGCUUUAUUUUGGCUAAUCCUAAAGAAAUAAUUUGAACUCUGCAGAGCUGAGGAGGAAGGCCUUGCUUCUUUUCUUUUUAACAACAGCUGGUAUUGGAUGUGAGGAGACUGUGCAGAAGCAUCAACAGUGUGUGUUGUAUGUACACUUCUUAGGUGCACACUGUCACUGUCUGCUUAAUGUGUGUGACGUGACAGUCAUGAGCAUCAUGGUCCUGUCAACAGCAUCGUCUCACUGAACCCAGAACUGCUGCCUGUCCUGCGUAGUCUCGCCUGAACCCAGUAAGGGUUUGCAUUGUCAGUGUUAACAAGUUAAAACAAGGAGGAACUGCUCUGUGGAUCAGCUAUACUGAGUGUUUUCUGUGAAAACAAUGACCUUUGUGUCUCUUGUGGGACUGUAAGAAUGUAAUGUUUUUUUUGUUGCUCCUUCCACAUUUUUUGAUACAAUCUUGAGAAUGUUAGCCCUUUCUUGUCAGUAUGAAAUGUUUGUAUGAAUACUGAUUGCUUAUUCAGGCACAGUCAUGUUUUCCGUUUAAUUCUUUUGUACACAGUGUAUUGAAUAAAU